AUGGGCGACGCAAACUCCAGUACCCGAUCCGGCAUCUUUCCAUACAAACCAAGCGAGUCUGCCACAUUGAUCAUGGCUGUUCUCUUUGGCAUAAGCGCAAUCUGGCAUUUGAUCGUGAUGAUCCGAAAGAAGACAUGGUUCUAUAGUUGCUUGACUGUUGGUGCUAUCAUGAUGACCUCCGGUUACAUUGCGCGAUAUUUUUCCGCUAGGUCACCUCUCGACCUGGGGCCAUACAUCAUGCAAUCUCUCUUUAUUAUCCUGCCACCCUCUCUUUAUGCUGCAACUCUCUACAUGAUCUACGGACGCAUCGUACUCUUUGUCAACGCGCCUGAAGCAAGCAUGAUUCCUCCGGCUCGAGUGACCAAAGUCUUCGUAUGCGGUGACGUGAUUGCCUUUUUCCUCCAAGCCGGCGGUGGCGGCAUGAUGGCCCAAGCAUCGAUGGCGAACGUCGGACAAAAGAUCAUGCUCCUGGGCUUAUUCACGCAACUUUUGUUUUUCGGCGUCUUUCUCGUCAUAUCGCUCGUCUUCUGGAAGAGGAUGCGGUCAUCCCCCAAAUCACACAUGAUCCCACAGCAUGGCAAACAUACUUGGAGGGCGUUACUCAAGAUGCUGUUGGUUUCUGCGGUCAUCAUCAUUUUCAGAUGCGUUUUCCGUAUCUUCGAGUUCGCGGGGGGAACAAAGGGCUCCAUUUCCACCCACGAGGUGUACAUGUACCUGUUCGAUGCGGCACCCAUGUUCCUUGUGCAGCUAUUGUUUCAUUUCGUUCAUGCAGGAGACGUGUUUCCCACACAUAUCGCGGCGUCUGCGUUCGCCGACGAUGGGUCAUAUAUCAACCUCUAUCCGAGAGUCUAG